AUGGCCCACAUGUCACUCUUGUACCCCGUGGCUCGAGGGUCGCCUGGCGACAAGCAGUUUGACUAUGAGGCGCAUGAGUUUGUCGGCUACUCCAACAAGCGCACCCUCCCCUGCAAUGGAUACAACAAGGUCGGACACAUUACCAAGCUCAAGGCUGGUCAGAUCAUUAACACACGGUUUUGGGGCUCUGCGCUGAAGAAGAACUACAACAGCGAUCUGCCACAAAGGCCCAGAAGUGGUGGGAAGCAGAUAAACCAGGCGCGCCACGGUGGAGGGUUCUGCCAGUACUCGCUGAGCUACGACGGCGGCAAGACGUUCCAUCUGAUUGCCGAGUACAAAGAGUCGUGUCCGGAUUUCUACUACGAGUGGCCUGUCAAGAUCCCCGACAAUGUGCCGAGUUGUAAUGAGAGGGGCAAGUGUCUGUUUGUGUGGUCUUGGAUUGCGGUCAAUGUGCCCCAGUUCUAUAUCAGCUGCGCCGAUGUAGAGAUCGACGGUGUAAACAAUGGCAAGUGGUCCCAGAAGAAGGGGAUCCAGAUUGUCGACGCUCCUGGCUAUCCACAGAACGUUGUCAAACCUGGUGACGACGCCGGUAACAAGAUGGGGAAGGGACCUCAUCCGGAUGAUAUUGCGAGGAACCUCAAGGGCAGGUGGAACUAG